AUGGUGGAAUCGUGUGGUUUUACUGAAAAAGACGUCGAGAUCAAGUCACAACUCACUCAAACUAUGAGAGAUUCAAAAGACAGAAAGAAGGCAUUAAUUCCUAAAAAGGGCACUGAUGAGGAUAUCCACAUAUGUGUUGACAUAAAAGUAGCAAACCAAGCCAUAAUAAGGGGGAGACAUCCUACUCUCACGAUAGACGACAUUGCAGAUCAUCUCAAUGGCUGCACGGUAUUUUUUAAGAUUGACCUCCAUCAGGGCUACCUACAAUUAGAAUUAGAUGAGGAAUCGCUUCACAUUACGACUUUUGUGACCCACCUGGGUCUGUACAGGUCCAAAAGGCUGAGCUUCGGAAUCACUAGCUCUAGUGAGAUUUUUCAGAAAGCUGUCGAAGAGGCCACUGCUGGUAUCAAGCAGGUUUUGAACAUCUCAGAUGAUCUAAUCAUAGGUGGUAAAGGUCAACAAGAUCACGAUGAAGGUCUGAUCAAGGUGUUGGUAGCAUUGUUAGAAAAUGGUUUCACCAUUAACUUGCAAAAGUGUUUAUUUAGCGUGCCCGAGUUACACUUUUCCGGUAUGAAGUUUUCAAAAGAUGGUAUGCAACCCGAUUCGAGUAAAAUCGAUGCCUUAAUGAAGAUGGUGCCAUCAUCCAGUGUGCCAGAGGUACUCAGUUUAUUAGGUAUGUUGAACUACAGUUCAAGGUUUAUUCCAAAGAGACCAGGGUAA